UUAUCAGCUGGGGUAGCUGCCGAUCCUGAUUUGAGUUUUAUUCUUUUGCCAUCAAAAUUAGUAGAGCUGUGGUAGUUGCCACAGAAUGCAACGCCCACUUGUACAAGACAAAGCUUUUAACGUUCUCUGAUUUGUGUGAUUCUGUGGUGCCAACAGUUUUGGCAAUGGCUGCAGCAAAUCACAAACUUGCAGUUAUCAUCAAGAACCCAUUGGACAGGGAUGAAUUCCUCCUCAUAAAACAAACUCCACCUCCAAAAUUCAAUGACCCUGAAUAUGAUUCCUUUGUUGAUUCUGACCUCUGGGACUUGCCUUCUACUCAGUUAACUCCACUAUCAGAGCCUGAUCAACUAUUACAUUCAAAAAAAUCCAUAAAAACCCGUGAAUUUUCUUCCUCAGAUAAGAUUAAUUUAAGCGAAUUUGAUUUUAAUUCAGCUCUCAAUCAGGCAUUGGAGCAAGUAGGAUAUGGGUCAGCCAGGGAGGUAGAGUGGGAAUUCUGGAAGUGUCUAGAGGAGCCUGAUUUUGGGCCUGGUUUGCCUAUUAAGACAGUGUACAUUGUUGGAAAUUUAGGGUCUCAAGACGGGAAGCUGAAAGAGGUUUGCAAGUGGAUAAGAAUGGAGAAUUGCCUUGAAAUGCUUCUUGAAGUGAAGCCCAACAGUGAUCGUGUGGGACCAUUGGCUGUUCUUGGCCUCCUAAAUGACAUGGCACCAUCUGAAAGUUGGAAAGUUCCUCCUACCUCACAUUGUCAGGAGUACCCUCCAGGUCUGAAGCUUGUACCGAUGGGGAGUAGGACAGCGAAACCAUUUCGAACUACGAACUUGGUUAUCUUUGUGCCCGGAAAUAAAACUGACAGCUCUAGUAAUAAUAGCUUUAUCGCUUGUGGUGAUGCAUUAAUUGUAGACCCUGGAUGCAGCUCUGCUUUUCACAGAGAGCUUGAAGAAAUUAUUGCUGCUUUGCCAAAAAAGUUGGUUGUCUUCAUGACCCAUCACCAUCAUGACCAUGUCGAUGGUCUUUCUGUGGUUCAGAAGUGCAAUACUGGUGCUACCCUCUUGGCUCAUGAAAAUACUAUACGUCGAAUUGGAAAAGAUGAUUGGUCUCUUAGUCAUGUUGCUGUUUCUGGUUCUGAAGAGAUCUACAUUGGUGGUCAGCUACUGCGAAUCAUACAUGCACCAGGACACACAGAUGGCCAUAUGGCAUUGCUUCACGUCAGCACUAAUUCGUUGAUUGUUGGUGAUCAUUGCGUGGGGCAAGGAAGUGCCGUGUUGGAUGUGACAUCUGGUGGAAAUAUGACUGAAUAUUUCCGGACAACAUACCUAUUUAUGGAUCUCUCUCCACACAAUUUAAUUCCCAUGCACGGAAGAAUUAAUUUGUGGCCAAAACACAUGCUCUGUGGCUAUCUCAAGAAUCGAAGAAAUCGAGAGUCAACCAUCUUGAAAUCCAUAGAAGAUGGAGCCAAAACAUUGUUUGACAUUGUUUCCUACACUUAUGCUGAAGUUGAUCGCAGUUUUUGGAUUCCUGCUGCAUCAAAUGUGAAGCUACAUGUGGACCACCUUGCAGAGCAGGAUAAGUUACCAAAGGAAUUUUCGAUUCAGAGGUUCCAAAAUUCAUGUCGGCUUCAUUUUCUAUCCCGUUGGAUGUGGGCAUACUUAAGAAGUGGAAGCUUCCCAAUAAGGCAUUAUAUUGCAAGGACAGCAGAAAUUGUUGGGGCCGCAGCCAUUGUCGGUCUUGCUGCAAUGUAUUUUUCCAGGAACAAACUCGAUCAUAACUGACUAUUAUCACAUGACUCUGUCAUUUGCAUUCCUGGUAAAGUGAUAGAAAAAAUACUAGAUUACUUGCACAUUUUCCAUCUUAUACGAUAAACAGAAAUAGUGAAUAGAUGGCAAAUACUUGUCAUGUUACACUAGCUACAAAUGUAUUCUGUUUGGAGUUGCAUGAAGUACAGUAUUUGAACAGCUAAAGAAUUAGUACAUUGCCAUUUUAACAGCAGAAAGCAUAUUUACUACU